AUGCUGCAAGGGACAUCCGCUGUCCCACGCUGCGUAACGCAAGGCCGAUCUGUUACUGGUGCCUGCCUGCAGGUAAGCGACGGGAGCACCAAGCGCACGCGCGAGCUCCUCUGCGCCGCGCCACAUGCCAGGAUGCAGAACGACGAGAGGAAGGCGGCCCCAGACGCGGAGGGCAGCGUGCACCGGCCGCGCAGAGGGACGCUCACGCUGGGCGGGGCGCAUGGAGGCGCGUCCCCGCCGCCCAGCGCUCUCCCGGCGCACCUGGCCAACAACGUGCGCCACAGCCGGGCGCCGAGCAUCGCAAACGUCUCCGUGCUGGACACCCUCUUCUUUGAGGACGUCACGACCGGCGCCAAGAGUGAGCACGGAGACUCGUCCCCGCUGAUGUCCCCCGGCACGUCCACCAGCGGGGCCGACUACGAGCCGAGGCAAUGGGCCACGGACGAAGGGCCGGGGGGGGAGGGCGAAGCGGAGAGCGCAACGCCCUUGGAUCCACGGCUGGCUCUCGAGGGCGCUCUACAGGACGCCGACGAGUCCGAGCUGGCCACGGCGCCCUUCGCCUUCGCCAGCCCUGACCGCGCCUCGGCGGUCCUGGAGCAGAUCUUGCAACCGCCGAAACAAUCGCCAAGCGAUCGGGCCGCGUACUCGCGGCGGGGCUCCCUCCAACACGGCGACGACCUUCCACCGGGCCAUGCGGCCACGCCAGCGUUCAUGGAGAUCUACCCGUCCCCCGGCCUGUCCGCUCGGGACCGGACCAUGAGUGGCGGCCCCAAGACCGUGGGGCGAUGGUGGAAGGACUGGAAGGAGAGGAAGAAGGAGGUGAGCAACACCAGCCGCCGGAUGCUUACAGUCGCCCUGUUCUACUGGUGGACGGCUGCGCUCGCCUCCGGCUCUGUGAGGGUAUCGGAAACAGUUGAAUGUUCACUCAGGACCAUCACAUACGGCAGCCAACAGCCCACAACUCAACAAAGGUUGGAUCUGACGUCAUUCAAGCGCUCGAAAGCGGAGAUUGCUCGAGUCCAUUCGCGUUAA